GAUAAACAGAACACACUAGCUGCAACAUCGCCAUUCGAUCAAUUGAAAAACCAACGAGGCGUAUGUUGCAGCAUAUCGAUUAGAUUAGUUUACAAGCAUUUUUGAACAGACACAAGCAAGCUCUUGGUGAAUGUACAAAUUUUACGUGCAAAUUUUGCUCCGAAAAGAAAUAGAAGAAAAAGAAUGAAAUUAAUACUUCAAGGUUAUUAAAAUAACACAGCUUGGAAUUCGUAACAAACCAAAAAUUUUGAUAGGUAUGUGCGAGCCAAGUAUAGAAGAAUUAGUCACUUUUCUUUCUACAAAAUUCAAUAAAAUAUUUUGCGAUCGUGAAUUUGUUUGUUGUGUUUCAAGUGAUUUUCAUGUACUGAAAAAUAAAAGAAAGUGUCGUGUACUUGUCUUUCCUACAUUGGGACCUGUUUAUCAGCGUGCCUUGAAGUAUCAGGCGGAGGCCUUUGAUUUUGCAACCUUUGAAUUACCAGCAGGUAUCUUCAAAAUAAUUGCAGUUUGUCAAAAAGAACAUAUUCUAAGGAAACAGAAAGAAGAUUUGAGGAAAAGAAAACAUACAAAAAUGUCCAGUGAAUCAUCAAAUAGUAUUCAGGAUGCAGGUGGACGUAAAAAGAGACCAGAAAGGCAAUUAUAUGUACCCCCUGCUCAGAGAAGGUUGACAUCAACUAAAGAGACUGAAAUUGAAACUAAAAGAUAUAAACAAUCCUUAUAUGAUUCAUCAGAUGUAAAGAUAUCUAAAAUACCUACUCAAACUAAUACAAAGAAACAAUCAAAUAGUGCAAUUAACAAAAAAAAAUCCAGUUCUCGACUAAAUGGCCAAAAUAAAGAAGUUAUUACUGAAACCAUUGAUUUCUGUGGAGAAGAGAACAUUAGUGAUGGCCCCAAAUCUAUGCCUUCCUUAUUGGAAUUGAUGAAGUUGGAUUUAUUGUCAUUACCAAAGUAUAAUGUGGUGUUCUUGAAGAAUAGCAUUCCAUCAUUUACAUCCUUCCAUGACUGUUUUUGUGAGUUCCACCAAUAUUUAAAUACUAAUUAUAAUAAUCAUUUGAAACUGAGCAUCUCUAUUUUUCAUCUGAAUGAUAAUGAUGAUUUCGAAACUAAAAACGAUAAAAUUUACUGGUGGACAUUUUUCCCUCAUAAUAUUCCGGAUACUCCAAGAAUUUCAAAUGAAACCUUCCCUACUUCAAACUUUACCGAGUUCAAUUUUAGUGAUAAUUUAACAGUGAAUCAAAUGAAAUUGUGCUCAAGAAUUCAAAUGAGGUACUCCAGUGAACGCUCAAUAAUACUAUAUAAUGAAAAUGUCAAUGAUAGUUCUGAAGUUGAUAUUAUAUUCAAAGAAAAAUGUGCCAUUAGUGAUAAACUUUCAUGUGAUAGUGAAUUGUUUGAAAAUAUUGUUGAUUUGACGGAGUUUAAUUUGGGCCAUUAUUUCAAGAUAGAAUCAGGUGAAGAGGAUCACUUCUAUAUUUGUAACGAGAAACACGAUAUUAGGAAAUGUUACGCAGAAGUAAAACGCGAUUUGCUAUCUAAAGCAGCUCAAAAACGUGAAGAAGAAGAACGUUUGAAGAAAGUGAAAUCCAUUCCUAACAUGGAUCACAAAUCCAUCCAAAGUUGCACCAAAAAAAAGAAAGAACCUGAAGUGAUUAAAAUAUCCGAAGUGGAAUCUAAACCUGCUAAAAUCGAGACAAAGAAAAUCCGGGAUUCGAAAAAGAAAUGCCAACACGACGAAGAAAUUGAAAUUAUGAGGAAAACUAAAGAAAAUAUAAAUCGUAAAACACGGCCACUUAUGAAAUACUCAGAUGAGAGUGAUGACUUAUUGAAAAUCGGUAAGCAAGAUAAUGUAAACAAUUGGGAAGACUUAUUCGAUGAAGAAGGCCAAAUUCAAGAGGAGCUAUUGACACGAAUAGUACAUAAAGUUGGUAAAGAUAUGACCAUUGUGAAAGCUAGUGAAGACUACACUCCUUACAUGCCAAAACCAACACAAGAUCUAGAUCAUGUCCUUGAAAUUUAUAAUUUUACACCUUCUUUGACGACCGGAGAUAUUAUUCAUGCUUUUGGUAUGUUUGAUCCAGAUUCAAUGUAUGUUGUAUGGUUGAAUGAUACUCAUGCUCUUUUGGUGCUUGGAUCUGCUAUUCAAGCACAAAGGGCUCUUGAGGUAAAGAACCCCUUUAUCAAAGUAAGGCCUUUAUCAAGCGGUAGUGUUGCUGCAAUGACUGCUGCUAGCCAAUAUGACCUUAAACCUGCCAUGAAGAGACCACAAACUAAUUUACAAACUGCUAGAAGGUUGAUAACAACGCAUUUAGGUACUAAAAGUCGAGUUUCGAAGGAACAAACAGAAAUGGAAAGAGAGAAUCUUCGAAAAGCACGAGAACAAAAAAAAUUGGUACGGCAAAGCCAAAGAGAUGCUUGGGAGGGAAAUAUACAUUAAGAAUAUUAGUGGAACAUGACUUAGAAAUCUCUACUUUGAGUUUUUCAUGACAUAAAUUUGAAUUUUAUGGCAAUUUGAACUCUGUUUUAGUUUUUUUACUAAGGUAGAAUUAUCUUUUUGAUAUAUCCUCAUUUUUCUAUAUAGUUAUGGAACUUUUAGUUCAACUACCUAUAUAUUGAAAGAAGCCAACAAUAAUUUAACAGUUCUGAACUAUGUACACAUGAUCAAUUGAGUUUGUCAAUUCUUGAUCAACUUCCAUAAUUGAACUCUUCAAAGAAACUAAAUUACAUGAUUUUCACUAAAUAGUUUUAGCAUUGUCGAAUUGAUUAUACUAUUUAGAAGAAAUUGUUGUGUUGUCGUUUUUCGAUGUAGUUCACAUGAUUUCCCCUACAUAUAUGGGAUUUAAAAAGUAAUAUAUGUUCCAUGUGUAGUUUAGGCAUAGUCAAGUGUUAAAACUAGGAAUCUCAUUCAUAUAUUACUCUUUGGUGUUCAAGAUAUAAUUGUCAGUUUUAAACGGAAAUAAUUGUCUAUAUAAUUGUCAGUUUCGGCUGAUACCAUUUUAACAUUGAUGUAUCACUUUUUCCAAUCAGUGAACAUCAUGUAAUUUUGUUAUAAUAUAACAAAUAAUAGUAAUAUAAUUGUUUUAUGGAAACAAGCUUGAAUAUUUUCGGAAAGACUUUUUUUUUAAGGAUAUUGAAUUCAUAGGAGCAGUUGCGAUUUUUGAGAAAAUUGAUAUUUAUGUUGACCUGAAUUGAGUUUAUUUCAAAUUCGGACAUUUGGGAAAUUAUUCUCUAAUUUUCACCAUGAAUAAUGAUUAUUAUAUCUUUUAUUGCAACAUUCAUUAUAUAAAAGUUGCAAUAAAUGAUAUACUAAUAUAAUUGUACUGAAAUUUGGCAGUAGAAGUCCAGUGUUUUUUCAAACUAGUCAAUUUGUGAGAUGUUUAUUGUUUAAAUUCACUAUUGCUAUAUCCAAAAGCACUUUGUACAGAAAUCAAAAUAGUUACUCAUUUUUUUUUUUUUAAUUAAUUUGUAAAUAUAUUUCGAUAUAGCAAUAGCAUAUAUAAUUUAAAUGUUAGUGAAAUAUAUAACCUGAAAUAUAUGUGAAGGAAAUUCUUUUGUCAAGAAUUUUUUUAAGGUUCUGAAUGAAUUUUCAAAGAAUUGAAUUUAUCAAUAUAUAAAUAUAUGAAUUGAUUAAAUUACAGUCUUAUACAUAAUAUGAUCCAAUAAUUCAGUUUUGUUAUUGGCUUCUCAAAAAUUCUUGAUGAGAGUAAUUGUAUUACAAAAAAAGUGCCUUAAAUUUAUGAAUGUAUCUGUGAUCAUCAGUUUCUCUUCUUCAGUUAUUAAUUGUUAACUUAAUAAUAUAAUUUCAUCAUUUUUUUUAUACAUGUACCAACUAAAUCCAUAUUUACAUUUGUUUUUUCACUUCAAUUAGUUUUUUUUAACACAUCCUUUAUAUUUAUACAAUAUAAGAAUUUACUUUUAUAAAACCAUAAUCAUGUUAUGUCCACUGUUAUUAUUUUCAUACUAAUUGUGUAGAAUAGAACGAAGAAAAAAUAUCUAAAUGUUAAUUGAAGAAAUGUUUAAUGUAUAUUAUUAUAGAUGGAAGUCUGUGAACUGAAAUGUUAUUUGUGGAUUAAUAAAAUUCUAAAAUGUA